UUUUCUGCGAUCAGACCACAUCCCUUGAGUUUAACAUGAAGACACUGAGUGUGUGAGUCGAGGUGGGUUUCAGUGCAUUCACACCAAAGACUGAGAUAAGACAACAUGCUCGGCCUCUGGACUUCCUCUGUCUGUGUCCUUCUCCUCAUUGUCCAGUCAGGUCGUGGCUCUGAGAUUAUCGGUGGGACAGAAGUGAAGCCGCCACACUCGAUGCCUUUCAUGGCUCUGCUGAGGACUCCGCCCUGUGGAGGGAUCCUGAUCAGUCCAGACUGGGUCCUGACUGCUGCCCACUGUGCUGGCGUGAAGGAGGUUCUGCUGGGUGUUCACUCCAUCAAAGGAAAUGAAAAUGACACCAGGCAGGUCCGACGCAUCAAGAAGAGAGUUCCUCAUCCGUGUUACGACGCCAAAGACAACGCUCACGACCUCAUGCUGCUCAAGCUCAACAAACCGGUGAAGAAAACCAAGGCAGUGAAAUGGCUCAAGUUGGGUAAGACGGUCAAAGACCCAGCGGCUGGUUCCAGCUGCCUGGUGGCCGGAUGGGGGAAAACAAACAACGUCAUCAAGAAAAUGUCGGACGUCCUGAUGUCCACCAACGUGACUGUGAUCGACAGGCAGAAGUGCAACUCCCCUGAAUAUUACAACCUGAAGCCUGUCAUCACCAGCAGCAUGAUAUGUGCUGGUUCAGACGGCAGUAACACGGCUGACACCUGUGAGGGGGACUCAGGAGGGCCACUGCUGUGCGAUGGGAGGCUCGUCGGAGUUACUUCUUUCGGACGGAGGUGUGGCCUUCUCAAAAAGCCUGGAGUGUACUCUCUUCUGUCAGAGGACAAACUCAACUGGAUCAACAAGGCUAUGAAGCAGUCUGACAUAUGAUAUUUAUUCUGUGAUCUAAAUUAUCUGCUUAAAUCUUUGUGCUACUUUACCCUCAUCAUAUUUACUGUGCAUGCUUUAAACCUUCAUGUUAUCUGGAGGACACAGCGUCCAACAUUUAAAAAAUGUGGACUGCUACCCGAUGGGUCGGAGGUCACGGACAGUCAGUGCUGGUUCUGGUUCUUGUUCAUCACGUGCAGAGAUUUCUCCGAUUCUCUGAAUCUUUGGAUGAUAUUCUGGAUUGUAGACGGUGAAAUCCAGAAAUUCAUUCAAACGUUGAGUCAGCUGAAAUGUCGCAUCUCUCUGCUCGUUCAGUAUUAAUCUGAAUAUUGGUUUAAAAGUCGUUGCAUUCUGUUUUAAUUCAUAUUUUGCACAGCGUCCCUGUUUGAAGUUUGAUGUUUGACCACAGACAAAGCUCGUGAUCUGUUAAACUCCUUCCUUGAAUUCACAUCUUACAAAGUAGAACAGCCUGUGACGUCUCUCUGUGUUAACGCUGUGUGCAUGCUUUCAGUUUUGUGCUAAAUAAAUAUGU